GUUAAUAUAAUUAUCUAUAACUAGGUAUACACAUGCCGUAUACAUACAUACAUACAUAUAACCUACCUAUACGAUUUAACAAAGGAUACGAUGAGCGGUGAUGCCGACGACAAAAUUAAAGAAGACAACGAAUGCCGUACAAUGAGACCGAAACUGAAAUACUCGAUGUCGUACUGCCCGUCCAUGUCUAGGCCUUUGGACUUCAGCGUAAAAGGUCCCGUCCCGAUUUACAUACACAAAAAACAGAAAGUUCUCACCGGUUGUUCGUACAUCGAACUCAAGUUGCAAAAACACUCAAAGGUGGGCGAGAUAACGUUCAGAAACUAUUACACAGCCAGCGUGAGCGUGCUACUGUUGAAAUCGAAUACACUGCAAGGACCGCCGAUGGGGUCGAGAAACUGGGAGGUGGGCAUCAAGAACCGAACUCUGAUGAACCAGCCGCACUGCGAGAACGGCGCCCAAGACUAUUUCUCGCUGUUCUCCACCGAGGCGUGGAACAACGUUUCAAAGCUUAAAAUCAUACUCAGACAACCGUCGCCAAUGUGUAAGACGUUCCACUUGGAAGAAAUCAAGCUGUAUGCCGACGUGCCCAGGUUUGGCCGGCCGUUUUUUGAGCAAAAACUACCACCUUAUCUGAUUCAUAACACCACUGCAGCCAUUUCGUGGAGACCAAGUACAAAGACCUACAAUGAGGUGCAAUUUGCGCAUAGACCAGACACAAAUAAUAAGACUCAAUGUCUUGGUUAUGUAGUUGAACAAGUGCCAAACAAUUAUGACAGUUCAAAAAUAAUGUAAGUAGGGAACCUUAAGAAUAAGAUUCCCGUCAUCUAACAAAAUAACCAUAAAUACGUUAUUUACACAAGAACAAAAAUAAUAAAAACUUACUCUUUUCAUUUAUUGCAAAAGUAUAUUAUUAUAAGAUAAUAAUAAUGAUGAUUGUACAUUUUCAAUUAUUACAGAAAAAUAUAUAUAUAUAUAUUAUAUAAACUUAUGUAUUAUAAUAAGAAUUUCUAUGAUAUAUGACUAAAUUAUUACAAGUAAAAAGAAUUGUAUAAUAAUAAAUUACGAUCUUAUAUCAUCUUUAAAAUAAAGCUCUAUUUUAGAUACAAGACACAUCAGAAUUUUUGUUUAAC